GUUCGGAGUUCAGGAGGGUAGCUUCCUUUCACCAUUUCGCCAUUUGACAUUACGCUUUCAUCAUGUCAAAGUAAAUUUCUGAAAUUUGUUUUAAAUUUGAGGCAGUGAUAAUAUUUUCGGGCUGUGCUUUUUUAGAAGUGGCUCCUGGUGAUAACUCUUCUUGAUUUAAAGAUUAAGACUGAAAAGGAAAAGGGUACUGUAUGGAUCUGAUCUGAUACAAGACAUAAAUCAUUUUCUUUCAAUAUGAAUUCAGGCUGUGGCACAAAGAAUGAAACUCUUUCAAAAGUAGGAGUAUCUGACAAAUUAUCUGAUGAUCAACUUUUGGAAAAAUUUAACAUAAAAAAGUGUUCAGUAAUACUUGAACGCUUGAAGUCUAGUGAAUAUGAUGCAGCUGUCAUCAAAUCAUCUUCUCAGAAAAUAACAGAAUGUAAUAGACCUUUUGAUUUGAAUGGAGAAUUUCAAGGCUCACAGGCUUCAGGAAAGCAAAAUGAGCAUAAUGUUGGAAUCAAUCCAGUUCGCAUUGCCAGAAAAUUAACAUAUUAUGGAACAGGUCCAGAUAUUGUAAUAGUUAAAGAAAUACCAUUUCUUUCAGUAAAUACAGAAGAAGAUACAGAAGAAGAGGCGAGUUGGAAGAAGGGAUUAAUUAUAGAAAAAAUGGAUAUUCGUGAGCAUUUAAACCGUUAUGUUCCAGAAAUCGAAGAAGAUAUGGGAAAAUGCAAAUCAACUUUUCCACCCCGUUUGUAUAAUAGAAGCAGGCGACCAGCUAAAUUUUUUAAAAGAAAUACAGAAAACAUUGUUGAAACUGUGAAAGCGCAAGAAGAUAUGGCAAAAUGCAAAUCAACUUCUCCACUCCAUUUGAAUAAUAGAAGUAAUCAAUCAGCUGAAAUUUUAAAAAGAAAUACAGAAGACAUAGUUGAAACUGUGAAAGCACAAGAUGAUAUGGCAAAAUGCAAAUCAACUUCUCCACUCCAUUUGAAUAAUAGAAAUAAUCAAUCAGCUGAAAUUUUAAAAAGAAAUGCAGAAAACAUUGUUGAAACUGUGGAAGCGCAAAGGGACAUUUUGAAAAAGCAGGUUAAGCGUCCUAAAAGGAAUAACCAAAAUACAGCUGUUAAGCGUCCUAAAAGGAAUAACCAAAAUACAGCUGUUAAGCGUCCUAAAAGGAAUAACCAAAAUACAGCUGUUAAGCGUCCUAAAAGGAAUAACCAAAAUACAGCUGUUAAGCGUCCUAAAAGGAAUAACCAAAAUACAGCUGUGCAAGCUAUAAGUGAUUCAAAUCAAGAAAGAAAAAAAACAGAGAAAAGAAGAGAUACUGAUCGCAUGAAUCAUGGAAGUAUGAUAAAGAACGAAUCAAUUUCUCAAACCAAAACUUCUCAACUCCAUUUGAAUAAUCGAAUAGAUCCUAAAUUUUUAAAAAUAGAUAGAAGAAGAAUGUUGGAAAGGUAUAGGAUGCGCCAUAAAAGAAGUUAUAUGACUAACCCUGGGAAAGCUGUAAUGGAGAAAAAAAUUUACUAUGAUCUAAGAAAAAAAUAUGGAAUAAAAGAAUGUUUUGUUGUUAUAUCACAAACUCCUGAAAUCCGCGAACUGAUACGACGUAAAUCCUUCAAAGUUCAUUAUGGUCAAGAUUUUUUGAAAAGUAUUGCUCAACAAGCUUACUCGGUAGCUGGAUUAAACGUAGACUUAGACGAGUUAUAUAAGGAGACAAGACUCAGUCAGUUCUCAAGUCUAAGUCAAAAAGGAUUUAAACGUGUGAUCUGGGGAUUUAUAAAGCACAUGUUUAAAUGUGAAUCAUUCAUUAAAAAGAGGCUUGAAAAUAUUGCUAGAGAUCAGGGCAAAUUGGAUGAACAAGUAACAAGAAGGAAGAUGUGGUAUAAUAAUCGGAAUAAUGAAAAUGAUCAUAUAACUGUCGAAGAUAGGAAUAUAGUCCAUAAACUAAUACGCAAACUUUUGAUAAAUAUAAAGUACCCCUUAGUUCUGGCAGACAGAAAUGAAAUAGCUGCUUAUUUAGCCAGAAAACUUGCUCAACAGAAUAAAAUUGACCAUGAAAAGUCUCAACAACCUAACUGUAAUCAUUAUAAUGAAUGUCAUAGUGAAAAGGAGUUUGAUCAUACCCAAAUGUCUAAAAUUUCAUUAAAGAUGGGUGAAAAACUUCAGGAUUUAAAUGAUGAUGGUAAAGAAAAUCAUACUGGAAAGCAGCCACUUAUCUUUGACAGCCAGCAAGACAUUGAGACUGAAACAAUGCAAAAUGAUGAUAAUGAUGCAUCAUCCUAUGUAAGUUCUAAACAAUGUGAAAGUGUGCAAUAUCACUUGCCAGUAAAAUGUCAUCAGACUGCAGUAACAGAAACGGAUUGUAUUCCAUUUCAGUUAACUGACAAUAAUAAGAACACAGAUACAAGAAAUGCGUUGAAGGAAGUUACAUACGAUGCGAGUCCUGAGUGUAAUCCACUGUCCCUAGAUAGAGAAAUUUCUCAAAAUAUGAAGCCUAAUGAUGAUGCUAGUGAAAAUAAAAUCUUUAGUGCAGAAAAUGAGUGCAAUCCACCAACAUUAAGUAAAGAAAUUCCUCUGCAUAUGGAACAUAUUGAUAAUACCACUGAAAAUUUAAGCUUUGAAGCAGCAAGUAAGUGCAAUCCACCAUCAUUAAGUAGAGAAAUUCCUUUGGGAAUGGAGCAUGUUAAUAAUGCCAGUGAAAAUUUAAGUCUUCGUGCAGCAAAUGAGUAUAAUUCACCAACUUUAAGUAGAGAAACUCCUCCGAUUAUAGUGCAUUUUGAUGAUGCCAGUGAAAAUAAAGGCUGUAAUGCAGCAAAUGAUAAUUUUUUUGUCAUUGAUGAUGCUGAUGAUUCUGAUUCUGAUUUUGAAAAAAAGAGUUGUGUUUCAUAUUCAGAGGAAUGCUCUGGAGCAGAUCAGCAGUCGUAAUGAUACUUUAUGAUAACAUUUUGAAAACAUAUAUAUAUAUAUAAUCUCACAUUCAUUGUUUCAUGUUCAUCAUAUUUGUGCUAUUAUCUUGCCAAAGUAAAUUGGUUUCUGAAAUAAAUAGAAACAUUUUCAGUUUAUUGCCAGUAAAAGUUUUGCAUUGAAUAGUUUCGAUCCGCAUUGUUGAAGAAAAGUACUACAAAAUAAAGGAUAUAAGUAUUAGGAUUAUAUCAAAUAUUUCAAUGUUAAAAUAGAAAAAACAAUCAAAAAGUGAAGUUAGUUGCUUUGGUUUAUGAAUGCUGAUUUGAUGCCAAUCAUGAUUUUCCAAUAUCAUUAGUCCUUCUAAUAAACUUGCUAGUAUUAAGUGAAGAAUGUAUAUCUAAUCUUGUUUAUUUUAAUUCUUACAACUAAAAGUUUUUUUUUUUUUUUUUUUUUCAGUUUUGCUUGUUAAAAUUAUAUAUAUUCAUUAUUCCAAAUGAUUAAUUUUGAAAAGUUAAAAUCACUGUAAAUAGAAAAUUUUCCAAUCCCUUGUUUUAGUCCAUGUGUCUGUAUUUGUGCAGAAUUGUGUAAGGUUUAUUACGUGAAAACUUGUCUGUAUAUAAACCACCAUUGUAUAUAACAACCACAGUUUAUAAUAUUUCUUAUAAAUUUGGAUUUUUAUAAAAAAAAAUAUAUAUAUUUCAAUCGUUUGCUGAAUUUUCUUUACAUGGGCCUUAUUUAUAAUUUUUCUAUUAUAUUUAAUUUCAGGAAACAGUUUCAAUUUUGGGAAAAUUAGUAUUUGAAAAUCCAAAGUUUUAAAGAAGUGUAUAUUUAAAAAUGUUUUAUAUUAAUUGAGAGAAAUGUGCUUUUAAUGAAAUUCACAUUAAUGUUUCCCCCCAAAAACCCAAUUAGGAAUUAUUUAAAAAAAAUAAUUUUAAUACCAUUUGAAAAAUUAAAUCAUGCUAUUUAUCUACGAUAUUGCCUCCUAAUUCUCUAAUUAGCAGGACAAUUUUUGAAAACAAUUGGAAAUGUCUUAUUAUUUUAAUGCCUAAUAGAAUUCUAUAUUCACUCGAAAGGAUUUCAAAGACUUUUCUGAUUUUCAUUGUAUACGGAAAUGAUUCAAUUUCAUGAAAAUACGAAGGAACUUUUCUUCUGUGUCCUAAGUGGCCUGAAAUAUGUUGUAAAAAAUAAAAUAAUGUUUAACCUAGAUUAUAUGUAACAAUCUUUUUAUUGUUGGCAGGUAUUUUCAAAUGAUUGUUAAUUUAUUAUUAGUAAAGUGUUUCAUUAAAAUGCUGCCUGGAAAUAAAGUGUUAAAUUAAAAUGUUAUGACAUAUUUCAGGUUACUUUUUUAUUAUAUUAACCUUAUGAAAAUGUAUCUGCUAUUAUCAUUUAUUUCUAAUGAUUGCAUUAUAUCCUAUUUCUACACAAUAUUGUUUAACCAGAAGCUUGUUGUUUAUGAAUAUUGUAAUAACAAAUAAUGGAACAGUUAAGAACUGAUUUUCUUUAUAAUACUUGACUAGUGUUAAUAUUAUACUUUUUUUUUUUUUUUCAAUAUAUAGAGUGUAUUUUUUAACAAUUUAUUUGGCAGCUAGACUAAUAACAUUAUUUAAAUUGACCUGCCUAUGGUUACCUGGUCUGUCUAAUUGGUAAUUCACUUUUGCUCCCAUUCUUGCAGCUAAAAGUUUUUUUGCAGUUUUGCAUAUUAAAAUUAUAUUUUUAUUUAUCAAAAUGGUUAAUUUUAAGAAGUUAAAAUCACUGUAAAUAGAAAGUUUUCCAAACCCUUGCUAGUCCAUGUGUCUGUAUUUUUUCAGAAUUAUGUGGGUUUAUUAGAUGGAAAUCUGGCUGUUUAUAAACAACCAGUGUCUUUUACAGAAUAUCCACUGUUAUAAAAAAUCAAUGAAAUCUAUAAGUUUAUAAUAUUCCUUAUUAAGUUAGAUAAUAAAAAAUAUAUUUAAAUCCUUUGUUGGAUUUUCCGUAAACAGGCCUUAUUAUAAUUUUUAUAUUUAAUUUUGGGAAACAGUUUCAAUUUGGGGAAAAUUAGUAUUUGAAAAUCCAAAGUUUUAAAAAAGUGUAUAUUUAAAAAUGUAUUAUGUUAAUUGAGCCAAAUGUGCAUUUAAUGAAAUUCACUAUGUUUCCCCGAAGAAACCCAGGUAGGAUUAUUAUUAUUAUUAUUAUUUUUAAUUUAGAUACUUUUUGAAAAAUUAAAUCAUGGUAUGUAUCAACAAUAUUGCCUCUUAAUUCUCUAAUUAGCAGGACAUUUUUUGAAAACAAUUGGAAAUGUCUUGUUAUUAUUUUAAUGCCUAAUACAAUUCUAUAUUCACUCAAAAGGAUUUCAAAGACUUUUCUGAUUUUCAUUGUACACAGAAAUUAUUCAAUUUGAUGCAAAUAUAAAGAAACUUUUCUUUUGUUUCCUAAGUGGCCUGAAAUAUGUUGUAAAAAAUAAAAUAAUGUUUAACCUAGAUUAUAUGUAACAAUCUUUUUAUUUUUGGCAGGUAUUUUCAAAUGAUGGUUAAUUUAUUAGUAAAGUGUUUCAUUAAAAUGCUGCAUGGAAAUAAAGUGUAAGAUUAAAAUGUUAUGACAUAUUUCAGGUUACUUUUUUAUUGUAUUAACCUUAUGAAAAUGUAUCUGCUAUUAUCCUUUAUUUCU